AGGGCGCAGGGAAGCGAAGGGAAGGGAAGGCGAGGGGAAGCGGACGAGGUCGAGGACGAGGCAGGCCCGUUUUACAUCGCAUCGCAUCGCCUCGCUCGCUCGCUCACUCGCGUGCGUCAGAGGACAAGGAGCAGGAAGGAAAGAAGGAAGGGAGGGUUUGUUCGGUGGUGACGAAAGGACUCGGAAGCGGGAGUGGCAGUGGUGGUGGGAAUUUGCGAUCGUCGUUUGUGCGCGGUGAGUGGGCUUCAUUGAGGAAUUGACCUUCGCUAGGUGAGGAGAAGACGAACGAAAGAGAACACGAGGUCGUGGGCAGGCCUUUUCACAGAUCUGAAGGGAGCACGAGGAGCAGGAGCAGGAGAGGGAAGGUUUUGGAGGGGUCGAGGUUGUGGAAGUCAUUAUGGCCGGUACUGCCGCGUUACCGGUAUCUCAGCCAACUGCGAAUGCGGGUGGGAUCACUCCUACACCUGCAGCAAGGGCCUUCUUAUCACACGCACAUGAAGCGGCGAAGUUUGCACUUGCGCAGAGACGGCCAUGGGCGGAAAUGGUCGAUCGCAAUGCCUUUGCCAAGCCCGAGUCCUUCAGCGAAGCAGUAACGCGUGUACGAAAAAAUAUGGGCUAUUUCCGCAUCAAUUACAUCAUCUGUCUCCUCGUCUUUGUCGGCUCUAGCUUGUUCUGGCAUCCAUUCUCUUUACUCAGUUUGUCUGUCAUCGUAGCUGCGUGGGCAUAUUUGUAUAUGGUUCGACGAGAUCCUCUGGUUUUGUGGGGACGGACAUUUACAGAAAGGGAGAUUUUGGUGCUCAUGUCAGUGAUCACCGUCGUAGGCCUAACGUUGACGGACGUUGGUUCGAUCCUGAUCUCUGCUAGUCUCCUGGGAGCAGCAGUUAUCUCCGCUCACGGUGCCUUUAGGGUUCCCGACGAUCUUUUCUUGGAUGACCAAGAAGCUCCCGGAGGUUUCCUUUCAUUUCUGGGAACCGGAACUGCACAACCACCGGUUAUUGUGAGCCAUGUUUGAGAAUUUGGUUAUUAAUAGGACAGAAAGAGACUCGCUGUGAUUUUCUUCAAUAUGCUCUUUGUGGGAAAUAAACACCGGCUAUUUCGAUCAUUCAUAGCACUUUCGAUUUCUUCAAAGGGACGCAAGAAUUUUCUGCGGUAAUCUGUUCACGAUCGCAGAAAGUUGAGCAGUGUUAAGAAGAAAAGAGUCUCCGUUCUGAGCUCGUAGAUCUCAUGACUGGCUUAUGUCUUAUUAAUCUGAAUUCGUGGUGGGAGCCAGUGAGAUGAGGGAAGUGAAACAUCGAGGAUUAGAGGCCUCAGAGAGAUAUAUGCCACUUCGUUAUGGGGACGACUACAAUAGUGAAGGCCUAGGCCAACGAGUGCCAAAUAUUAUUUUUUGUGCCUUUGGUAAGGCUGUACAUUCUCAGCGCCAUGGUACUCUUAGUGUAACCGCUAUCUUAAGCCUGAAAUAUUCUUUUUUGUCUCAGAUAUCAUAUUCCGGAUG